UCUAUGGAUACAGAUGGGACCGUGACAUGAGUAACCAGUCAUUGCUUUACGUCCGCAGCCAUGUAAACUGAGUUUAAAUUCUGAUGUCUGGGAGAGUUGAUGAGAUCCUAGCUAAGAGUUUAGAGAUCAGUGCACUGAGACAGAUGCUGAACAUCAGACACAUGUAAAACGUUACAGAGUGUGAUGCAGCUCACCACCUGCUGCUACUCUUCAUUUCCUCUGCUAUGUUGUGGUUGACACUCGAUGGGAGCUUUUUGGUGACAAGACUCGAGGGUGAAACAACAGAGACAGACUUCUUCAGUGGAACAGAUCCAGCUGCUUUCUGAUCAGCAUCAGAAAACACAGGUUUGACAGGAUGUUCUCACACCAAACUUCUAAAACACUGCGGUGAUGUUCUUUUAUCAAACUCGCCCCCACUGAAGACACGAUGCGGAAUACCACCAGUUCAGGUCGGCCACUGGACCCGCUCGUCUACAUCCUCUCAGGGGCCCUGUCCUUCACCAUCCUGGUGUUCACGCUGCUGGGGGUCGCGUGUCUCAGAAAAUACCGUUCUUUGGUCCAGACUAUUCGAGAGCUGCAGAGUAGCAAGUUGUUGCUGAAUGCUGUUCCUCAGCUGGAAGCUCUCAUCCUGCCCAUGAGGACGGGGCCAGCAGCGGGGGAGGAGGUGGAGCUGCCUCCCCAAAUCCCCCUGCAGCAGAGCAGCACAGUCGGGUUCUCCUCCAGGAGGCUGUGGAAGGGCCUGCAGCAGGGUUCUCAUGUUGCCAAGUCAGACCUGAACCUGCUGCAGCUGAUCAAAGCAGGGAAGGAGGGCGUCUUCUACAAGGCCAGGAUGACCAGAGGGACUUGUAAAGGCCAUACCAUGUUCACCUGCAAGAUCAGCAAGGAAGGUGUCCGUCCUAAGCAUGUGGACACAGAGGUUUCCAUCAUGAGGAAACUGGUGCACCACAAGAACAUCCUCCAGUUACUGGACUGGAACACCACUGAGGAUCCUUACAUUCUGAUCAUGGAGUAUGUGAGCUACGGCACUUUGAGGAGCUUCCUGCAGACCAACAAAGCUGACCUGAGUGCAGACCCCGAGCUGCAGAGCCUCAUCACCAUCGCCUCCUACCACAUUGCUCUGGCCAUGCAGCACCUGCGCUCCAAGAUGAUUGUGCACUGUGACUUAGCUCUGAGGAACAUCAUGGUCAAUAAGUUUCCCUGGGAGGUAAAAGUGGCAGAGUUCGGCCUGGCCCGAGACUUGACACGCGUGACGAGCCGCCGCAGCAUCAGCCGCAGGAGAAACCCACAGCAGCGAGUGCCUUUGCGAUGGUACCCACCUGAGUACUUCAAGAACAACUAUUACAGCUUCAAAGGAGACGUGUGGGCAUUCGGCAUCGUGCUGUGGGAGAUGCAGACAUUUGGUACACUGCCAUACCCCAACCUUGAGACCUCAGAAGCAGUGAUGUACCACAUCUGUAUUGGUCACAAGAACACAAACCCUGAAGGCUGCAGACCGGAGAUACUUCAUAUCAUGAGAGACUGUUGGCUGGAGCCGUGCACUCUGAGACCCUCCUUCACAGACAUCGUCCGCAUGCUGGAGAACAUCAUGGAAAGCGAUGCAGAUUAUGUGGAUGUUGAGAGUCCACAGCUUUUGGCGAAAGAGGAGGCUGAAUAUCAUGAAGCUUGAUGUCUCCAGGCAGCCAGCGUCACCUUGGAAGAUACAAAUCCCAUCUAAAUAUCAAGCCAUCGUAUUCUGAACACUUGUGUGUAUUUAAAACAGUACACACAACUUUGCAGGCUACAUUUAUCUGUAUAAAGUAACCAUAAGAUGAUCACACAUAAACCGCUCGACAGAGAGCAUGGUUGUAAAGAACCCAGGCCCUUCUAUGCUUAAAAGUUUUAAAAAGUAAUAUUGUGAAGUCAGUUCUUAGGUGGGACAAAGAUUGUUAUGACCUGUUGUUGUUGUUAGGGCUAGUUAAAACCUCGGCAACAAAUUGUAAACAAACGGAGUAAAUAUUUGCACUAGUCCAAAUUGUGCAUUAUAAAUGCAUACAUAAUGACAUAAAUAUAUAUACUUUGAAAUCUCAAUAAUUAAAGAUACAUUUAAGGAUUUAAAGCCAUACAUACACAUGAAUAUGUAGGUUCAACCCUACAACAUGUCACAUGUCAUCUGUCCCUUACUCCCUACUGGCUGGAAGCUCCUCUGAAUUGGCAGGUGUCAGUUCCUACCUCACAAUAUACAGUACAGGGGCUCAAGCUCUGGGCUCCAAGGUACAGAGGGCCCCACAGAGAGGAGAGAUAGAGCGAGGGACCCCUCUCAAUAAAUUGCAGCUAAGACAAGCAGCGCACACUAUUUCAAGCUCUCCCAGAGGGGAACAUACUGGUGCAGCUAUGGGGGGUGUGGUGCUACAUCAAGCUCCUUUUUAAAAACUGAAAUAACUGAUCAAUACAAGUCAAACUACGUGUAUGUUUCCUUCAUUACUCAAUGAUUAAAGUGUUAAAAUGCUACUUUUACUGAUUUAUUG